CGAGCAAGCAGAAGGCGCCUACUAGCCAAGGAACAGGACGAAGCGCCUCCACAUUACGUACGUACAGUCCAGGGAAGGCCUCCACUCCCCGUAUAGCAUCCCACAGACACAAUCCAGGAGUAAUUGAGACGCACAGAGAUCAGAGCGAUGUGUUGGUGGUGCUGCAUGCGCGUGUUGGAGAAGUGUCUGCCCCGUAACGACAUCGUGCGGGAGCUGGCGCCGUAUUUGCAGCAUGUGCAUCAGGACGACGCGCUGGACGAGGAAACGCGGCGUGGCGGGGACAUGGGCGGCCCCUGGGUGCGGACGCAGUCUCCCAGGGGCGUCGACAAGGACUCAGCCACGUCCAGUGACUCGCUACGCCACGUAAAUGCGAAUUUUCCACUGCGUCACAGUCUAGACUGUGAACUUAGUCUCCAGAAUGACAACAGUUUGAACCAGAGCAGGCCACUUAGUAAAAUGAGCAUGAGGAAGCCCGACGCGGGCUAUCAGGACGGCAACUACCAGGACCACGCUAGUGCCACAUUCCAGAAGGAAUACAUUAAUUCGGCCGAGAUUUCUUCCACACGAGACGGACUCCGAACGGUUUCCUCCUAUGGAAACUCGCAGAAUCAGACUCAGGAGGGAGAUAACCCGACGCUACUCCGUCUCACGAGGAUGGAGGCGGAGAGUGGGGGCAGCAUCCAGAGCUUGGAGGUGUCAGGGUCCGAAUACUCCGGCGCGGGCUCGAACAACACGAUGAGUGGCAAGAAAAACCAGACAAAUAAAAUCAAAACGGACCUGGGAGACCUCACUCCCGUGAGGUGGGACAAGGUCGUGAUUGUGCAGGUCUCCGUACAGGGUUUCCGCGAGAUGAUGAGUCAAGCUAAAGACCUCAUGGAGGACGCCAAGUUACUGUACGAGCACACGGUACUAUCUCGACUAGCGUCGGAGUAUGGCGGACAGGAGAUUCUGAGCCACUCACGGUCGGGACUGUUUGUCAUCGCCUUUGCAUCCGAGUUCCACGCAGCCAAGUGGUGUCUGUCCUUGCAGCUGAGUCUCGUAUACGCCGCGUGGAAUGACAAAUUACUCAAGCAGUUUGACGAUAUGAGGGAAGUAUCGGUGACGACCAACGGCAAGACCAAGAAGAACAUGUUACUGUAUCGCGGGUUCCGCGUUCGGAUGGUGAUCCAUACGGCAGAUCCAGAUAUUAAUCCCGAGUUAUCUUUGAGUGAAGCGGUCAAGUGGACCAAGACGGUGAGUGAAUACGCGCAUGGAGGACAGAUCGUGUUGAGUGACAACGUCUGGGAUCGGUUAAAGGAACAGCUCGUCCAGUUGGGGAACCCUGUGGUGGAAGACUUGGGUGGCCACGCAGUUUUAGGCGACGAAGUGCUGCUGAUGUUGCUGCUACCUCGAGACCUGGAGCUAAGAAGAUUUCCGAGUUUGAAAAGCCCUCACCAGCUCUCGCUGGGCAUGCGAGACGCUCCGUCCGCACACAAACCAGUCACGAUGGUGUUUACGUUCAUCGAAGGUGCUCGACCGCUUGUUCGCUGUCACGCUGAAGAGCUGGCAGAUCGUAUUAAGACGCUGUGUAUGGUCGCUCGUGAGCUGUUGAGAAAACACAAUGGCUACGAGUGUCAGGAGCUACAGGGAGAUUUCAUGCUGGCGUUCUUCACACCUGCUAGCGCCAUCUUGUGGUGUGGUGAGUUCCAGGUGCGUAUUCGACAAAAGUUCCGCGAAUGGGAUCGAGAGAACGAGAACCAAGAGCUGCGCUUCUCAAUGUCCAUGGGGAUCGAGACUGGCGUUCCUGCUAGUGUAAGUCCACACAAGACGAGUGGACGUGCUGAUUACUUCGGUAAUAUUGUGAACCAGACGGCGCGUAUCGCCAAGGCUGCGCAUGGCGGUCAAGUUCUGAUUGGUGGAGAUGCCUGGAGUGCUUACUGCGCUGCUCAGCCAUCACAGCAGAUAAUCUCCAAGGCUGACAAGAUCAAGGAUAUUCCAGGCUCUACGGUGUUCCAGUUCAAGGCGCACGGCUACUACAGUUUCAAGGGCAUCUCGAAGCCGAUCGGCCUUAUUGAAGCGAUUCCGGUGGACGUGCAGUCAAAGACGUUGAGCUUAGACCUGAUGACUCUGAUCCGAGGUCACGCGCCCAAGGCCAAGCGAAUCGAAGACGCUGCGCUCGCUAACCAAGCCAAGACAGUUGUACCUGAUGUUCCAUCGGAGCUCGUACGGCUCAGUCACGGCGGUGAGCAGCCCAACAACUCGAUUCGGGAGACGGAGUUCGACUUCAACCUCUCGUGGGAUGACAGUAUUUUUGUUUUUGAAGAUAUCGACGAGGAAGAUGGAGAUAUGGAAGACGAAGGACAAGGACGCGGCUUGGCAGUGUGUGGCAGUGUUGCCCUGGCUAUGCGGAAUAGCACCCUAAAUCAUUCGCGCCUUAUGGCUCAAUUGCGCUCAUCGAGAAGAGAUGAUUCCUUCACUUCACAACGCAACUCCGCGAAUGCGACGCGGACGGAAGACAUGGAUAGAGUAUAAUCGCAAGGAAGCCAUCGACUGGUUUCGCUCGUGGUACUUUUACUCGCGGUGUCUCGAUUUUCGUCGUAGGGAGAUGAAAACUCGUUGCUCUUGGAGAGGAGAGACAUUCGCAGUGACGUGGUGAGCUCAGUUGUAUUGCCGCUAAUAAAUUAAAAUGCUUUGCUAUGGCUA